AUUUGUAAUUUUUUAAGGCAGGGAACAAUAUGAAAGCUCAAAUUCUUUUUGGGAGUGGGAGGUGUGAGGUGGGUCUUGCAGAGUUUCACUAAUCAUGUUUACCUUUUCCUUCACUUGCUCUCAUCAAUUCUGGCCUCAACACACCACCACACUCCAAACCCACCUCCCAAAACAAUCAAAAACUAUUUCCAAAAGUGAAAAAGGAAAACUUGAUGUUGUUGGUGCCACUCAUGAGGCUUUCCCCUUUCCUUCUCCUCCUUCUUGUUCUCUUGUUCAAUUAUGCCUUUUCUGAGUCUGGUGUUGGUGUUGGAUACCAACUCAUGGUGGCAGUUCCUGUGGAGUAUGACAUGAGUUUCAAAGGGAGGGCUUUUCUUGUGGAGACCAAUCAGACUGCACCAAAUUUCAGAGUGGCAUUGAGCAUUGAAGCCAUCAAUGGGAAAUACUCGUGCUCAUUGGAGGUUUUCCUUGGGGAUGUGAAGGUGUGGGAUUCUGGACAUUACUCCAGGUUUUAUACCACUGAGAAGUGCUUGCUAGAGCUCACAAUGGAUGGGGAUUUAAGGCUGAAAGGUCCUAAAGAAAGAGUGGGAUGGAAGACUGGAACUUCUGGACAAGGUGUGAAGCAGAGAUUGCAGAUACUGAGGACAGGCAAUCUGGUGCUUGUAGAUGCACUUUACAAUAUAAAGUGGCAGAGUUUCAAUUUUCCAACGGAUGUGAUGCUGAGGGGUCAGCAACUUGAUGUGGCAACUCGCUUGACAUCUUCCCAAAGCAACUCAAGCUUGUUCUACUACUCUUUUGAAAUUGAGAACAAGAAGGUUGCUAUGUACUUGAACUAUGGUAAAUUGAGGUAUUCUUACUGGGGGUUUCAGCCUUCUAUGAAUCGAAGUAUUACAUAUGUUAAGCUGAGUUCAAGAGGGUUGGUGUUGUUUGAUGUCAAAUACAAGAAAAUAGCACAAAUUCCAGCUAAAGGGAUUCACCCACUGAGAUUUCUAGCACUGAAGAAUGAAACAGGAAACUUAGGCCUCUAUUACUACUCACCUGAGAAAGGAAACUUUGUGGCCUCUUUUCAAGCACUAAACAGCACAUGUGAUCUUCCAAUUGCUUGUAGACCUUAUGGCAUAUGCACAUUCUCCAAUUCCUGCUCAUGUAUUCAGCUUUGGACAAAUGAAAUCAAGGCUGGUGCUGGUUGCAGUGGGGGGGUUUCAGGAGGGUUUUGCAAUGGUAAAGAGGCAGAAAUGCUGGAACUAGAUAAUGUAAGUAGUGUGCUUAAAAAUGUUCCUAAAAUGGUCAAUAUUAGCCAAAAAGCAUGUGCAAAUUUGUGCUUAAAGGAUUGUAAAUGUGCUGCUGCAUUGUAUUUUGGGAAUGCAAGCACAGGUGUGGCAGAAUGUUAUCUUUAUAGAGUAGUGUUGGGUCUAAGACAGGUAGAUAAAAGCACAGGAUUUAGUUAUAUGGUUAAGGUCCCAAAGGGUACUGGUAAAAACCAUGAGAGACAUAGUGUGAAAAAAUGGGUGUUGGUUUUGGCAGGAGGAGUUGAUGGACUCAUACUUCUACUUCUUGUUGGAGGGUUUGGUUACUGGUUGGUUAAAAGGAGAAGUCAUAACUUGCAUUCUCAAGCCAGCACUACAUGAUCUGUCGAGUAAAGCCUGGCCAGGUUUAAUGUCUGAGUUCAUAAGUGAAAAAACAAAAUUAGAGGAAUCAUUCAUUGAAACAUGUAAACACAAUUUUGGUUGAUUUCAGGAGAAUGACAUCAUAGAUCAUCCAAGUGAAGUGAAUUUUUUUAUGACAAAAUGCUGCAUAUUUGCAGCAUAUAGAAAAUUUGUUUUUCAAUGAUGGAAAUAGAUGUGAACUUUUGAAAUGUCGAUUUCUGAAGUUAAAGUAUACAUGUUUGGUUUCUUCAUGAAUCAUGUUUCUGAUUGUGCAUCAUUUAACUAGUUAAUUAUCUUGUGGUUAUUAGACCUAGUGAUUAAUUUCAUCAAUGAAAGAUAAUACCUCUAAGUAUUAAUGGCAGACAUCUGUUUAGGUUGAGAUAUGAGAGGAUCUCCCUUGUUUGUUUUCCAUCUCAAAUUGUAAGUUCAUGAUUUGGACCUGGGCUCAAGGUUGAUUUCUUUCUUUCUUUUUUUCUUUUUAAUUCUUUUACAAAAAAAAAAAGUAUUUCUCUUUUAGAAUUCCUUCCCACGAAAGCAAAGCAUGUAUUACAAUCACUAAUCCCUGAAAUCGGAAGGUCUUGCUCAUU